AUGAGAAUCCAAUCCAAGACGGCAAGACCCAACGCUGUUAUUGAUCCUUAUCUCCCGAACCAGAGCAUUGAAGAUCCGACGACGUCCUUUGAUGUCAAAGAAAACCUCCGAAGACGAAGGAGUAUGAGAGAAGAUAUCGAGAGACGAAGGGAGAAUAAGAAUCAGAAACAUCAUCUUCUUCCACCACGCUACGAAAUUCGAAGAUGA